UGGACGGAACAUUCCUCAUAUAUUCCUGGGGCUCGGACGAAACGAAACGAACCGAGGACACGACGGAUUCAGACACCUCAUGACACUUUCGAAGGGCACGUAAGGCAGAUGUUGGGUCGCGGUGUGAAACGCAAGUGGAGCUGCCUGGAGGAGCUGGAGGCCGAGACCCUCCCUGCUGCAGAGAAGGAGAAGAAUGAGAUGGAAGAGCAGGAGGAUGAGGACAGGUUCCUCGUGAAUCCAUCCAAGUCCAACAUGAGCCACCUGCAGCAGCGUCAGCGGGUGCUCGGCCUCUGCCUGGAGAAGCUGCAGCACUACCAGGCCGGCGUGGAGCUCAGCCUGCGUCGCUCUGUGCUGCUUAUCAACACGCUCAGGCAGAUCCAGGAGGACAUGCAGAGCGACGGAGCGGGCACCUGCACGCCGGAGGUUCUCCUCAACAGCACCCACUCUGAUUCCUGCAUUCUCAGGGAGGACAUGGCGGUUACGUGCCCUGGGUGUGCAGAGGGAGAUGGAGAUAAUUUAUCUCCACCCCUGUCCCCUGAAUUCCCUUCGCAGGAGGCAAACAGCUCGCCUGACCAGCAGAAAUCACUUCCUGCGGCGACGAUCAAUGCUUUCAGCGAUGCAGUAAACGCCAUGGGCUACCUCAGUGACCUCGCCCUGGAUGACAUCUUCGAAGACAUUGACACAUCAAUGUAUGAGACUUCAGAUCUGCCUUCUGCCUGGGCAUCGGGGUCUCUCUGGCCUGUUAGCGUGUCUCUUUGGACAGAUGAGGACGUUAAAAUGCGCUCAACCGGUCACGCCUCAGCAGGGAGUCUCCAGUCCUGUCUGAUGGACUUGAACGAGCUGGACCACAUCAUGGAGAUUCUGGUAAAGUCAUGAGAUAAACUCCUGAACAUUUAAUUGCUGAGGACAGUGGAGGCUGGGAGCAAAGACUGAUCCAAGUGUGAAUUAACUUCAUGUGACUUUAGACUUUUAAGGUUCCAUCAGAUAUUUUGGUUGUUUUAAGCUUCCGCAAUUUUCAGGUCAAAGAAAACACUAAGUCCUAUGCAAGUCAUUUUUAAGGAAACAUCCUGCAUCCUAAGUUAUUUACACAAGCUUGUGCCUCUCUUUCAACUAAAUAUUUAUUACAGCAGAUGAAGAAUCCAGUUUAAAUGUGAAUGAGAUUAACAAUCACACAGCAAAAACCCACUUUUACAUUGUCUAAUUGUUGUAACUCAGGUUGGUGCUAUCCAAAUGUAAGAUGAUGUACAGAUAUUUGUAGAAGUCUAAGCAGGAUUAAAUGUAGGGGAUUUUUAGCCAUCAUAUUCAGUUUAUUAUUGUUGAAAUUCAACAAAGAGAACUACAUUUUUAAAAAGAAAAAGAACAACCCUAAGCAGUACGAAACAAAUCGGAUAGACCUGCUGUUUAAGGGCAGGUUGUUUUUGAGUAGUGGGUGAGUAAUCGGUUGUAAAAGUAGACAUGUCUAGACAAAGCCAUCACGCCAAAAGUAAACUGCAAUACUCUUAAGGGAAGUGUUGUAACAGGCAGGAUUGGAUAACAUUCAGCAGUAUAAAAGUGUUUUUUUUUUAACUCAGCGAUAACAGAUACUGAUGGAACCUUACAUUUCUACUCUCACUGUCGUCAUGCCUUGAGCAAAAGCAUCAUCACCUCUCCGAGUGAAUCACCCUCUCAGGAAGAAGGAACCUGAGCCACCCGGCGUCACUCAGGCUGUAUAGAUCAGACCUGGGUUGAUUAUUAAUUAAAAUCUCUUCAAUUACUAAAGAGGUUGUGAUUCAGCCAGCGAGCCUGGAGGGCAAAGGCCCUGGUUUUACUUUCAUUACUGGGACUGAAUGGUUUUUAUCGCUCCAUGUAGGAUAUUUAAAAGUGUAGCUGUGAUGGUGCAGCACUCAGAAGGUGGAUGGUAUAUAUAUAUAUAUAUAUAUAUAUAUAUAUAUAUAUAUAUAUAUAUAUAUAUUUGUCUUGUGAAAAGAAGAAUGUGGGUAAUCAAUCUGGGGAUUUAACCAGCCAAAGAAUAAGCUUCCAAUCCUUGUAGUUAAAGGCCACAUUCAGGUCCUAUGAUAAGAAGCAGGAACAUUGGUUGACAUCUUGUCCCUUGAAGCUUUUAUCUAUUUUUAUUUAUGAAUGAAAAAACAACCACAAACUGCAGCAGAUAUUAUUUGUUCUUUUAAAUGUACAGUCUUUAGUUAGAGAGUGAGUGUAAGUUAUAAUUCAGACAGACUUUCAGUGCAUUGGCUGCCAUUUCUACUGCUUCUGCUGACUCUACUGCACCAUUUGUGGUCACAAAUGGUGCAACUAUCGGAGCCCGUAGAAGAAAUAUACUCAUCCCUUCAUCCCUCUUGGCAGCUUGUAUUUACAGUUAAAGCAACGUGUCACAAAUGCAGCAUAAAACAUGUAUUUUAAAUAGUAUGUAAAUGAUCUCAGUCUGGUUCUGACUGAGGAGCUGAUUGCCUCAAGUCAACAAUCAGGAUGACGUUUGCCAUGUCUCAGAAUUGUAAAUGACAACAGAGGCCUAUGUAUUUUUACGGCUAUCCUGAUGGUAUGAACUUUUACUGCAAUGUCGGGGAGUUUUUAAACAGUUUUAUAUGUGUUUCUACCUGAAACUCGAAUCACCUGUCCAGUAGAAGGGGGAAGCGAGUGAAGGGCUGCGCUACAGCUGAUGCUCCUUCACUCUCUGUGGUUUACUCCUGUUCUACCUCCUGAUGUCUGUUUGUUGUCGGUUUGGACUGACUCUGUUUCACACAAAAGACAGUUUAAUUCUUAUAGAAACCUUUUACUUUUGUGUUGUUGUUUUAACUCGGCUGAAAUUCCAACCUGGUGGAAUCCAAUGCUUUCCUUUCAGACCAAAGUAAUCCGUCCGCAUCUCCUUCUCUCGUGUCGACAAUGUGCCUUACUACUGAACCUAGUUUUUAUUCAUUUUAAGGGUUUUGUGCUUGCCUGAGCUUGAGCUUCAUUGAUAAAAAAAAACAAAAAGCACGUAGAACUGAAGCAAGGUGUUAUGUAAAGCAUUGAAACCCAGAACCGUCGUCUCUUCCUCCCUCUUCUUGGCCUUUUUUCUGUGCUCAGAGAACACUAGUAGCAUAUGAGCUUAAUGUAUCGUGACAGGCUGACAGUGAACUAGCUGAGGGAGGAGGUGGCAGCGAAAGCCAGGAGGGAAAAAUAAGAGGAGGAGGAGGAGGACAUGGAGGAGGAGGAGGAGGGGUGGGAGGAAGCAGCUUGCGUCACUUCGUUCAGUAGGAGGGGUUUAGAGCUUGUUUUGCCCGGACUCAGACCACCGACCAAUCACAUGAGGAGCUGGAUUGAUGUACGAGGAGCACACUGCUUCUCCAACAACUUGUUUUUGCUCCCGAUGGCUCUGCACAGAAAAACAGUGUGAAUCUGUUGGAUUUCAGCCUGAAACAAAUCCACCUUCCUGUUGUUUGAUUUGCCAUUGAAAUAAUCUUCCUGACAGGACUGAAAACAACAAGCAGAAAAAGCUGCAGUGUUAUUUAUAAGUGUAUGAAAGUAAAGAGUGUCAGUAUGGUUUGUAAAGCACAAGCUGUAUUGGAUAUGAUGUAAAUGAUAUACAUGUAACUGAAGGAAGAGUUUACUAUGUAAUGAGGUAAAAAUGAAUGAUGCAUUGUAUUUUUUGUGGACUAUUUUAUAGAUUUUAUUCAAUA